AUGAACGGCCUCGAGAUAUCGCCCUUUAUCGCGAGCCUGCCCAAAGUUGAGCUGCACAUUCACAUUGAAGGCACGCUCCAGCCAGCGCUUCGGUGGAAACUUGCGCGCCGCAAUAACAUCCCGCUACGCUUCAAAGAUCAGGAAUACAAGACAUACGAGGCCCUCUUAGAAUCCUAUGCCAUUACCUACAACCACCGGCCGGAGCUGGACCGCCGCAAAGACGUACCUACGUUUUUCGAGCUCUACUUUGCCGGCUGCGAGGUACUCAUCACCGAAGAAGACUUUUACGAGCUGGCCAUGGACUACUUCAAGCGCUGUCGAGAGAUGAAUGUGCGCUACGCAGAGCCAUUUUUCGACAUUCAGGCGCACACGCGCCGGGGUAUACCGGCAGAGCAUGUCCUGGAUGGCUACCUGCGGGCGCAAAAGGAUGCGGCAGCUCAGUACGGCGUGCACAGCAACUGGAUCUUUUGUUUCCUCCGCGACGAGUCUGUCGAGGAAGGCGAGGCGGCCUAUGAGACGGCGCUGCCGUGGGCGAAGCGGUCGGACGGAAUGGGCUUGUUUCAUGCCGUUGGUUUGGCGAGCAAUGCCUACGACAGGCCGCCAAACCUAUUUGCCGACAGUUUUGCGAGGGCAAGGAAGGAUGGCCUGCACACCACCACACACUGCGAUUUCGGACAAAAGGACACUCACGAGCAUCUCCGUCAGGCAAUUUUCGAUCUGGGCGUCGAGCGCAUCGAUCACGGCCUGGAUGUGGUUGACGAGGAGGUGCUGAUGGAGGGGCUGGUGGAAAAGGGCAUCGGUCUGACGCUGUGUCCGCAUGCGUACCACAGAAGAACCGCGACCGAGGUACUGUUUCCCAAGCUGAGACAGCUUCUGGAUCGCGGUGUCACGUUUUGCAUAAACAGCGACGAUCCGGUGUACAUGCACGACGUGUGGGUCGACGGCAACAUGGAAAAAGUAUAUCACUAUUGUGGCUUGAGCAAGAGAGACAUGAUUCAGCUGGCAAGAAAUUCGGUAGACAUGUGUUGGGCGGAUGCGUAUGUAAAAGGAAACAUCUACGACGAGCUAAAUGGUAUCAGUACUGAGUGA